CUUGUGAAUGAGCCCCUUAUUGAGCUGACCAACCCCGGCGCCAGUGGCUCCCUCUUCUACCUGACCAGUGAUGAUGAAUUCAUCAUCAAAACCGUCCAGCACAAAGAGGCCAAGUUUCUUCAGAGAUUGUUGCCUGGAUACUACAUGAACUUGAACCAGAACCCCCGCACGCUGCUGCCAAAGUUCUACGGCCUUUACUGUAUCCAAUCAGGAGGCAUCAACAUCAGGCUGGUGGUAAUGAACAAUGUCCUGCCUCGAUCUGUGAAAAUGCACUACAAGUACGACCUGAAGGGCUCCACAUACAAAAGGAGGGCGUCCCGCAAGGAGAGAGAGAAGUCCUGUCCCACAUACAAAGACCUAGACUUUCAGGACAUGCAUGAGGAGGGCCUUUACUUCGACACAGAGACAUACAACAACCUGAUGAAGACUCUGCAGAGAGACUGUCGGGUCCUGGAGAGUUUUAAGAUCAUGGACUACAGCCUGUUGCUGGGAGUGCACGUGUUGGACCAGCACCACAGGGACAGUAGCGAGCCAGGGCAGGCAGGGGGCGAUGGCAGGAGGCCGCAGGGCCAGCGGGUGCUCUACUCCACUGCCAUGGAGUCCAUCCAGGGAGACGGCAAAGCAGCUGAAGUGCUUAGCACGGACGACACGAUGGGAGGGAUUCCAGCAAAAACACUCAAAGAAGAAAAGUUGCUGAUCUUCCUGGGAAUCAUUGACAUUCUUCAGUCGUACAGACUUAUCAAGAAGCUGGAACACUCAUGGAAAGCCCUGGUGUAUGAUGGCGAUACUGUCUCAGUGCAUCGUCCCGGGUUUUACGCCAGUCGCUUCCUCAAAUUUAUGAGCACCAGAGUGUUCAGGAAGAACCAGCCUCUACGGUUCUCCCCUUCAAAGAGAACACGCACAUCUAUCCCAGCUCUGAAGUUUUCCUCCCAGGAGAUCCUUUCAUCCCAAACAGACGAGCGGAGUGAGGAGGACCGGCUGGGAGGGGCCCGCAGCCUGGCUAGUCUAGAUGGACAAGCUGUGUUCGGGUCAUAUCGGCGCCCCGAUCUGGUACCUGUAACCCCCUCCUUUUACGACGGGUCCUCCAUGGGAACCAUCUCCACCUCCUCCAUCUUUGUCAACGUAGACAACCAAACAGAUGAAAGGGAUGAUGGUGGGUCUAGCUCCACAUUCACCCUGGAGGACAGCGCCAUCUGCCUGACAUCAGAGCAGAGCACUAUGGAUGUGGACAUGGACAGAGACGAUGGAUCAGUUCUGGAUGUCUACCUGUGAACAUACUCCUCUACAGUCUUCAGCCAAUCAUCUGACAAUCUGCAUGUCAUCAUGAAGACCACAGGGUCUUGAUUUCCAGUGCUGCUAGAUUCGUGUUGCCACUCAUUUUAGCCAAGAGAGAAAAUACUUCAGUGGACUAAAGAAAGAAGUAAUCCACAGCUGUCUGACCCUAUGUGACAUUCCGUUAUGUUGAAUGAGCAAAAAGAGCUUUUAGAGCAUGCAUUUACUCUGUGCCAUUAAGUUUUAUAUGUGUAUGUUUAUAUGGCCCAUGCAGAGGUUCAACUGUACUGUAACUGUUACAGUAUGCAUUUCUUAUCGUUUUCCUGCUGACCUUAGAGGAAUGAAAGACACUUUAGAGUUUACAGCUGCUUUCAUCAUUGGUCCACAAAAGUUUACAGUAAUUUGAUGAUCAUCUUGGCCUCUGCGCAAGACAGGACCAGGAGAGACAUGCCUGAUAAUGCCAACAGAAGUGAUGAGCCGAUCGAACUCUGUGGAUCUUAAAACCAAGGCCAAAUGAACUGUUUCUGUUGUGAAGCAGGCCUCCUUGCCCACGGCUCUGGUUUCUUGUGCUGGAUUCAAACCAGAUCCUUGCCUCCAUCUUGAGUCUAGUUACUGCAGACUGGACAGAGUAUGACCCAUUUGCUCUUUACUAAAGGCACUUUUGACACCACUCUGGAUAACUGUAAAACAAGUUCCGUUCAUUGCUUUGGUGGGGCUAAUAAUGGGUGUGUUACAAUGCACUUUUACUUUUCAAAUGACUCAGAAGGAGCAUCGUAGAUCAUUGUGAUGCAUACACUUCAUGCUUUUUCUCAGGAUAUCUAGUGUGUCCUCUUAAAGAAGCAAUGAGACUGACUCUAUCAAGACCAUAGCUAAUGCUUAUGUUCAUCAGUGCAGACAAUAAUUUAUUCUGUAAAUUUUAUUACUUCAUUUUCUGAAUCUUAAAUCUUUGAAUGUAUAAGGCAAUGCAUAUUUAUAGAGAAGAGAAUAUAAAUAAACUAUGAACCAACGGUU